CCUUCAAAUGCAUCAAACAAAAAUAACGAGUGGCUAAGACAGUAAGGACUUUGAAAAUUUCUCUCAAUCUCAGUCAAAAUGGAUUGCAAUUUCUUUCAAUUCCAAAACUCCGAAUUCUCACCAGCAUCUUCGUCCGGGUCGGCUGAAUCUUUCUCUUGGGAUGGGAUCACCUUCAAGGAAGAAGAGCUCCCCUUCAACGAGAACGACUCUGAGGAGAUGCUCCUCUUCGACAUGCUUGCGGAGGCCCCCAGAGAGCCAUCGAACUCCCUCUUCUCGACGCGGAUUAAGGAAGAAGAGGUGAACUCGAAGAUCAAAGACAAGGAAAAGGCCAAGCAGAAGUGCUACCGCGGCGUCCGCAGACGACCUUGGGGCAAAUUUGCGGCCGAGAUAAGGGACUCGACUAGGAACGGGAUUCGGGUUUGGCUGGGGACGUUUGAUAGCGCAGAAGCAGCUGCGCUGGCCUAUGAUCAGGCUGCGUUUUCAACGCGGGGUUCCAUGGCCAUCCUGAAUUUUCCAGUGGAGCAAGUCCAACAGUCACUCCGCGGAUUAUCUUAUGGUGAUGAUUUAGUUUCCCCUGUGGUUGCCCUCAAGAAAAGGCACUCCAUGAGAAGGAAGCCCAUGAUCAGGAAAAAGAAAGAGGCAGACAUGAGGAUAGAGAAUGUACUAGAAUUGGAGGUUUUAGGGAUAGAUUAUCUGGAAGAACUUCUAAGUUCAUCUGAUGUGGCUAGUCCUUGGUAAUCUCUCUCUCUCUCUCUCUCUCUCUCUCUCUCUUCAUUGGUUUCCUAGCUUUACCUAGAAAGGGUGUAACAGUGAGAAUGGUAUUUUUAAGUAUUUCAUCAUUGUAUCUUACAAUGUAAAGCUGAAGUGUUACUCUCUCUC